AUGGAAUCUGAUUCCGAACAGUCGACUGUAGUCAUCGAGUCACAAACUCUACCGCUGCUACUUCAAAGGCCUCACCCGGAAAAAUCCACAAAGCCACCUGCAAGGCCUAUGUUCUACUUCUGUCAACCAAAGUGCGCCCAGUAUCCGGGUGGUCUACGGCGCUUAACCCCAUCUGCAUUGGAUCCAUCAUUCGCACCCUCUUCCAUUUCCCUAAAGUUGGGACCGACAGAGCACUGUGUUCAAAUCGUUGCUGGUGAGAAACUUGUCGACCUGGUGUACGCAGACGACACCGUACCAUUGAAGACAAGCGUUGAAGAACAGGUGUUGUUGAAUGAACUGACCAACAUCAUACCACCCUUCGGUACGCGCAGCGCACCUUCAAAGCGCAGUCAUGGUUAG